AUGGAGACGACUAAACUACCCCCGACCAGCCCUUCCUCCCCGACCACCGGGUUCUCGGUCCCGUCAGCGGAGAAGGUAGAUGGGUUUCCCCGGCGGUCGAUGCGCAGAGCCCGGCAGAGGCGCUCCCACUCCUCGUCCCAGUUCCGCUACCAGAGCUCCCAGGUCGAGCUGACGCCGCUGCCGCUACUCAAAGAUGCCCCAGUGGCAGAGCUCCAUAACCUGUUCUGUAAGAAGCUGCAGCAGUGCUGCGUCCUCUUUGACUUCCUGGACUGUGUGGCCGACCUCAAGGGGAAGGAGAUCAAACGAGCUGCGCUCAACGAGCUGGUGGAGUCUGUUGCUACCAGCAGAGGAGUUCUGAUAGAGCCACUCUACCCAGAGGCUAUUAAGAUGAUCUCAGUGAAUAUCUUCAGGACGUUACCUCCCAGUGAGAACCCAGAGUUUGACCCAGAGGAGGAUGAACCCACUCUAGAGGCCUCCUGGCCACACCUACAGCUGGUGUAUGAGUUCUUUCUACGUUUCCUGGAGAGCCCAGACUUCCAGCCCUCCAUGGCCAAACGUUACGUCGACCAGAAGUUUGUUCUACAG